AUGCGUAUCAACAACAACACGGACUUUGCACAAGACUCCAGCGCUCCCCGUUUUCUUCGCGUCAAAGGCUACGGCCUUCGCACCCGUCCCAAUGAAGGCCAGGAAACUCUUACUGGUAAUACACGACCACUCCUUUUCGCAGAUCUACUUACCUCCAAAUGUGAUGACCGCUUUGGCAAUGAUGAAAAGCGCCGUCUCUGCACCAAGCGCGACAACAGUUGCGGUCCGUGCUUUGGCGAUACCGGCGCCCCGCUGUAUGACGUUGAUAAGUCGGGCAAAGUAUCUGUCCUUGUAGGUAUCGUCACUUUUGGUUUACAAGGACUUGCGGAUGGCGAAGCCGAGAGCAUCUGCACAUCGGGUGCUAGAGCCACCAUCUACACUGCUGUCGCUCCCUACAUCGGCUGGAUUCGUGAGACGGUAGACGAAGACCUAACAGAGUUUUUCAUCCCAAAGGAAGGAAUCACAAACACAAAUCUAGAUCCUGGUAAGCCUGGUCUUUCCGUCGCCGCGCGGACGUCUAUCAUUGUCGUUGCCUCCCUUGCUCUAAUCGGCUUCAUUGCUUUCUUGCUCGUCACCUGCACUCUGCGCCGCUUGCGUAACAGAAGAAAACGUUGGGUCGAGGGUCUUCACGCCGAGGAGUCUUUUGUAAAGGGGGACGAGAAGCAUGCUGGUAUCGCUGAUCCGUUUGAAGGUAUUGUUGACGACCACAAGACUCCUAGACUAUCGGUGAACUCCUUGUCCCGAGCCGCUGUCAAGUCUGCUACAGAGUUUUCAGCACGGUCGAUUGGCACUAUCCGUGCUCUGCUCAUGCAUGUUGAAGAAGAGGAGAUGGCCAUGGAACCACGUGAACCUAUGGAUGAUGCUCCCCAGUGGCUCCCCGAUGCCUGGGAAAAGCUCUUCAAAGCUCCCUCCAAGAAAGACCUCGAACAUAUUCACAAGGUCAAGACACAGCGUGUCGUCGACGAUGUUCUGGAAGGUGGUGACAAGAGUGUUGAACCCAGUCUGGACCACGUUGCCUUCAAAAAUGCCAGAGAUGAGGCCAAUCUGGAAGCUGCCUGGAGAAAGCUCGAGAUUCAGACUUCGCUUCGUAAUUUGUCUGAAGCUAGUGGCUCCAAAGAUGGCCAGGAGAGCGCACCUGGUACAGUCCCGUCAACCCGAAACAACUCGAGUAGGUUUCUGUCGAGAACGUCUUCGCGAGGUGGCACACACGGCGCGUUCUCGUCAAUUUUGGCAGGGAACGUCGGCGGUGCUAGUUCUGGGACCGGAGCUGGCGGGGCUACUGAUGGUAAACCAGAUACGCUCCUUGCAGCUUUCGCCUCUAUCGAUGCUGAAUCUGAGCAGGUGGCUGAGGAGACAAUGAUUGAUCAGCUGGCCCUGCAAGCACUUGCUACUUCGAAGAGGCCAAAAGUAUUGGAAACGCUUCGAAGGAAGUUUUCGGGCAGUGCUUUGUUAAGUGCUCUUAGCAAUAAGAACACAGAAAGUGAGGCGACCUCCCCUCGAGUAAAACUCACAAGUCGCAAAGCAAUUACAGCUGGUCCGAGUGGCCAGGGAGGUGGUCAGCACGGGUCAGUCGGAAGAGCAUCGUCUGGUCGCACCGGCACGGCCCAGACUAUAUCUGCACUGGCAAACAGGUCGAGCAAACCUGUCGGGGGAGGUACCCCGGGGCGGACCGGAUCCACGGGCUCAGUGAGCGGACUUUCUGGUGAUAUGGACCGACAUGGAUCAAUGCACAUCGAUUACUUUUCGGAAGAUUACAGUUUCUCGUCCAGUUCGGAUGAAGAGCAACCAGGGCAACCUGUGUUUAAUUUGGAGUCGGCCUCGAGACGGUUCACGGAAGAUCGACCAGAUGGAAUAGGAUCUCAACAGUCGCUGCGGUCUUUUCGAAAGUCGAAACCGCAGUCUUUCGAAAAGCUCGAAUCACGGUGGAUGGACCGACCAGAUGAGGAUGAAGAUAACUUGAACGAAUUGCCCAUGACAGAGAUCGAAUCAAUCAUUGCUGAAGGCACACUGGAGGACAACAUACUGCGUCAUAGAUCAUGGAAUGGUGGGAAUCGUUCCAUAUUCACGACAUUGUCAUCACGGGGUACUCGUCAACGCGCGACUGAUGCCAAUAGUUCUACACUGGAGAACGUCGACAACGAGAGCAUGGUUGGGAACCAUUCAUUGGAUGAGAUAUCGGAGCAGGCGAUGGAGGCGCGAAUUGACGAGGAGUUGCACAUGACAAGCACGGGCGACGGGAGCGAAACAGUUACGAUCGCCAGACUAGAAAGUGAUGUGCAUCCUGUAAUUGAGCAAACUGCAUAUAAAGAAGAAAACGAGCAACUGGAGGUGAGGAUGGAACAGGAUUAUGACAAGGAAAAGGAUUUGGCAAGGCCAGUCCAGGACAUGACCAAAGUAUCGUUUGCGGAGGUCAAGGCCAUGUGGAACGAAAAGGUAAGACGAGCGUCCGAGACAUAG